CUGACCCGGAAGAGGAAAGCGCAUGUGUGGAAAUCCACCGGCGGCGGGGAGGCUUUUUAUGAUCUCCUCCGACUACGGCGGCCAUGCAGAGAGAGGAGAAGCAGCUCGAGCUAUCCUUGGAGGCUCUCAUCAAUCAAGUGGCUGACUUGAAAAAUUCAUUGGUCAGUUUCAUUUAUAAGCUGGAGAACGAAUAUGACCGACUGACCUGGCCUUCAGUGCUAGACAGCUUUGCUCUUCUCUCUGGGCAGCUGAACACCCUGAAUAAAGUGCUGAAGCAUGAGAAGACUCCGUUGCUGCGCAAUCAAGUCAUAAUUCCAUUAGUGCUCUCCCCAGACCGUGAUGAAGAGAUAAUGCGUCAGACAGAAGGAAGAGUGCCAGUGUUUAGUCAUGAAGUCGUACCUGAUCAUCUACGAACCAAGCCUGAUCCUGAGGUAGAAGAACAAGAGAAGCAAUUGAGCACAGAUGCAGCUCGAAUUGGAGCUGAUGUGGCACAGAAACAGAUCCAAAGUCUCAACAAAAUGUGUUCAAACUUGUUGGAGAAAAUCAGCAAAGAAGAUCGAGAAUCUGAGAGUGGAGGCUUACGACAGAACAAGCAGACAUUCAACCCUGCUGAUACCAAUGCACUUGUUGCAGCUGUGGCCUUUGGGAAGGGACUGUCAAAUAGGCGUCCACCAGGGGUGGCUGGCUCUGUCCAGUCUGGUCAACAAGGUGCCAACACUAUUAUAACAGGUGCUUCUGCCAUGCAGCAGGUACAGAUGUCAGGAGCAUCAAACCAGCCACAGCCCAUGCUUGGAGGAGUGCAGAUACCACAAGCAGGCCAACCAGGUAAGAUGCCCAGUGGCAUAAAAACCAAUAUUAAAUCUGCUUCAAUGCAUCCAUAUCAGAGAUGAGGAGGAGGAAGCAUUCUGGCCAGUUGCUGCUCCUGGACUUAAUUUCAGUGACUUCAUUUCUUCACCUCACUUUCAGCAGUGAUAUUCGUUGUAUUUGAGAUUUUGUUCAGAUAAAGUAUUUACAUGGUUACAUUCAUCAUCUGAGAUGCAAGAAAUGUACAUGAAUCAGAAGACCAUACUCUUCAUAUAGUAUGGCACAAGAAGAACAUACCUUCCCACCGUUGGCAAGAAGAGAUAUGUGUAUUAGUCAAUCUCAAAGGUGAAGCAGACCCUUACUGUAUAACCUUAUACCAAUAAGAAACCUGAUCACUUCAGGGAAUGUGUUUCAUUGAACUUUUUAUUGGAUGAUGGUGGAAGAGAUGUAUCAGAUGUAUGAUUGAACAUUUUAUGUACCAUUAAGCUAAUUUUGUUUAAUAAAGACUAGGUGCUGUGCCUUGUAUAACCUUGAUGUA